UCCAUCGCACUGCAGGCGUUCGACCCCCAACACAGCACCUACGUAAACAGCCUCGCAUGGAAACAAGGCAGAGAUCGACCCUCCCACAGCGCGUCUACGAGGACUUCGUUCCUCAGCAUGAACUGCUUCGGGAGAAAGACGAGGACAUCCUCGUCGUUAAUGUCGCAGGUUUCAGCAAGGACCAGCUCAAGGUCAAGUUCAACAGACAUGGGAAACUAGAAAUGACCGGAGAGCGCCCCUUGACCGACACCAAGUGGAGCCGCUUCCACAAGGAAUUCCAAGUGCCCGACCGCAGCACCCUCGACCGCAUCCGUGCCAAGUUCUACAACGGACUUCUCGAAAUCACGCUGCCAAAGUCGUCCGGCAUGGCCGCCGUGCAAGAUGAGCCGGCGGAGGCCGUGAAGCAACAGGAUGUGAAGAAGAACCAAGAAUCUGAUGCACAGAAGGUGGCGGAAGAUAAGAAGGAUCAGCUCAAAGAGCCGAAAGGCACGGAGAAGGUGGCAGGCAAGGAUGGAGAUGAAGAUGGUGAGGAAGGCACCGAAAGGAUCGAUGCAGGGAAGAAAGCAGCAAUCACACCAGCAAGCUAUUGUGGUGGCAAACGAAAGCUAGUGAACCUUAAGCUUAAAAUAGGCAAGCUGAACUCGGGAACGUACCAAGCAAGGCAGGUCAUACAAGCCUUGGUUCUGACUAUGGUGGUUUCGGUGGGACUGGGAUUGUAUCUGCACUGCAAACCGAGUCCCAAAGAUAGCUGAGCGUUGUGUCUCCUCCUCAUAUCGAAUGAAUGCAUCAUGAGUUGUAAUUUGUAAUAACACUUGCUAAGA